UUUUUGUCCGAAUAAGAGUGUUGUUUUGGCUAAGCUAAUAUAAAUCUAUUUUUGGCUAUUUUACUAUUUCAUUCUUCAUAUGAAAUGUGGUGAUAUGUGUCUUGUGCCCUCUUCUGUUUGUCCUUUAAUUUGUCUUCUGAUUUGAAAUAUUCACUGGCCACUAAGAUGAAUCAGAUUUUGAUACUCAUAAAGCCAGAGAACCACACUUGAAACUCAACCUUGACGUCAAUAGCGGUCUUUGUUGAAUAUUUUCAUCGAUCCUCUCUUCAUAAUAUCGUCACCAACCCCUUCACGAAAACCUAGCCACUUGAACUCCUCGCCUUGCUGUCCUGCCAAAGGGUAUUAAAGGGUACCAAACUCUUGUCUUCAUAUUUUCUACACCUUCAAAACCCAUUAUGGUCAUGAGCAGCAUCACAUUUCCUCCAAACAGUGACGACUACAUUGGCACUGAGAGCUGCACGGACCUCCAAAACAUAGACCAUGUCAUUGAUAACCACCAGUCCUUUAAAUCCAACGAUGCAGGAAACAAAACCAAGGUCAAGAACAACAUCAAAAUGAAAGAGAACAAAGUGUUCCCUCCCCCUAUACCCUUACUAGCUCGAACUCAGAACCUGGCCUCACACAUGCCAUGGGUGUUGAAGAGGUACUACACAAACGAGGGAAGGUUGAUUUUGAAAGAGGAAAAGGUGAAGCACCAUGAGUACUUUCGUGCACAUAGUGCCAAUGGCAGACUCACAUUGCAGCUUGUUAACGUUCCCUUUGAUGACCAUGAUGAGUACUUUGAAGAAGCAACACCUAGUCCACAUGAAGCGGCUGAUAUUAUUGAUAACGUUACUCAUGAUAAUGAUAUUACUAGUAAUGGUAGGUUUGAUGAAGAUGAAGAGAAUGAGGCUAGGCAUUGUUGCUGAUGAGCUUUCUACGGAACAGGGUAGUGAUGUUGUUGUAGCUGGUAGUGGUAGAGUGAAGAAGUGUUUGAACAGUAGUAAUGUAAGAUCAGGUCCAGCGUGUAACAUUUUUGGGGUGCCUGGGCAUCCUAUUAGAACGGUUCGUGGUUGAUUAAUUAGUCAUUUUAUAAUUAAUUUAGUCGUUUGUAGUUUUGGUUAAUUUUGAAACGUUAGAAAUGCAAUUUAAUUUGUUAACUUUGUUGAGCAUUUUGCU